AUGCCACCAUCAAUCGAAGCAUCCAACGCGAAUGCCACGACCGAGAAGGCCUUCAACGCCUGGCACCAGCCCGGGCCCGCGUCCUAUGACUUCCGCAGUGACGUACUGACGACGCCCACGGAGUCCAUGCUCAACGCCAUCGCCAACACCACGCUCCGGGACGACGUUUUUGUCGAAGACCCGACCACGAACGACCUCGAAGCGCACGUGGCUACUCUCUCGGGCCAUGAAGCAGCUCUCCUGGUCAUGUCCGGGACCAUGGGCAACCAGGUGGCCCUCCGCACACACCUGGCACACCCACCACACUCGGUCCUGUGUGACCGGAGGGGCCACAUCUUCAACUACGAAGCUGGCGGCAUAUCGACCCUCUCAGGCGCAAUGCUCAUCGCCAUCAUGCCAUCCAACAACCACCACCUGACACUCGAGGACGUUCAGGAGAAUGCCAUUCUCUCCGCUGACGUGCACGCCUGUCCUACGACCGUCAUCUCUUUGGAGAACACGCUCGACGGUAUGAUAAUGCCACUCGAGGAAGUCCGAAAGAUCUCUACGUUUGCCCGCCAACACGGCAUCAAAAUGCACCUCGACGGCGCCCGCAUCUGGGAGGCUGUCGCCGCCGACGCGGGAAGCCUAUCCGAUUUCGCUACCUGUUUCGACAGCGUGAGCCUCUGCUUCUCAAAGGGCCUCGGGGCUCCAAUCGGGAGCAUAAUCGUUGGUUCGAAGGCCUUUAUCGCCCACGCGAGGCGCAUACGCAAGAUGUUCGGCGGAGGCACGAGGCAAGCAGGCGUCUUGUCUGCUGCGGCACGCGUUGCCGUGGAUGAGACGUUCGGCAAAGGCCCGCGCGGCGAGGGCGGGAAGCUAAGAGCGAGCCAUGUCCAGGCCCGCAAGAUUGCAGAAAUGUGGCAGAGCAAAGGUGGAAAACUCGCAAAGCCAGUUGAGACCAAUAUGGUGUGGCUUGACAUCAACCAUGCGGGCUACUCUGCUGAAAAGUUUGCUGAGCUUGCCGCCACAGAGAGCAUCAAGGCUAACGGGGGCAGACUGGUAGUGCAUUAUCAAAUCUCGGAUGAUGCAGUAGCGAGGCUAGGAAGGGUCAUGGACAAAAUGCUAGGCAAUCAGUAG